AUGUCAGAUGCCAAAGCCGAGCUCGACCCAGCUCCAAAGGCAGACGUCGAGAACACGCGAGAGCCGCAACCUCCAUCGUCUUCGCAGCAGUCAUCGCCCUCGCCUCAACCUUCUUCUCCCGCUUCCACAUCCAAAGCAGUGACGGACAAAGAACCCUCGGAGGACGCCACUUCGCGUCGCAAAAGAGAACGAGAAGGAAGCCUCGAGCCUUCGCAGCUCACACCUUCCCGAGCUGCUGAAGCUAUACCAACCAAGAAGAAUCGGCUUGAGGACUCGCUGCAGGAAGAAGACGAUGACGAUACUGUCAACCAUGCAGCCGAGACAGAAAAGGUUGGUCAAAUCCGCAAAAAGGUGGACGAGUUGAGCACCAAGGAGCUCGAGCUCAAAUUUGCCGAGUCAGCACCCGUUCCCUCUUCUAGCACGUCCGAAGUCGACGAAACAGUACAAGACGCUGCCUCCAAAACUGCUCAGGGGCCUGCAGAAACGACCGAGUCCCAGACAAAAUUUGCGCUCGCACAGCCAACCAAAGCGUCCCAGCAACCACCCGCUCGCACUCAGCCAACCUUCUCUUCUUUCAGCUCGAAAUCCUCUCCUUUCAGCUCGGUCCCUUCCUCCUCAGGGUCCUCGUCUGCUACCACUAGCAGAGGCGGGUUUUCUGCUUUCUCUGCCAAAAGCUCCUCACCUCUAGCCGGAGCAGGGAUCAAACCCAGCAGCCUCGGCUCCAGCAUUGGUGUUCACCACGAAGAAAAUGGAUCCGUGUCUCCUCUAGUAUCUGUGUCCUCAAAGCCCAUUGUCAAAGGCUCCACAUUUGGUUUCGGUGCUUUCGCAGGCGCUAGUCCGUUAGCCAAGCCAAAAGCCGCCUCCCCUACGGUAUCUGAGAAAGACUCCGACAAGUCACAAUCUGUCGAUGACAGGGCCAGCUUCACGGAGAAGCUUCUCAAUCAUGACAAGGACACUGUUGCUGCCUCCGAGACAAGGACAAAGCCGCUGCUUGAGCCAACCGAGGUGGAAUCGAAAACCGGAGAAGAAGAUGAAGAAAGCAUUCACAGCAUCCGCGCCAAGUUAUACACUAUGGCCCCAGACCAGUCUUGGAAAGAACGAGGUACCGGCACGCUGCGUGUCAACGUCCCAAAGAGCCCAGCCGACAAACGCGCAGCUCGUCUCGUCAUGAGGGCCGAUGGCAUUCUCAGAGUCAUUCUCAACGUCGCACUUUUCAAGGGAAUGAAGUGCGAGCUUCACGAAAAGUUCGUUCGCAUCGUCGCCUUGGAAGACACAAAACCCGUGCAUUAUGCUAUCAAGCUCAGCAACCCUAACAAUGCAGCUGCACUCAUGGACGUCCUAGACGACUUUGUUGGCUCGGCAGAAAACGCUUCUAACGCAUGA